AUGGAUAGAGAACCGCUUAGUAUUUUUAUCCGAUCUUCGAGUACGUUGGCAGAGAUUAAACUCAGCAUAUUACGGAAGCUCAGUGCGUGUGGAACGAAGUGGGUAAAAAAGUUGUUUUACAAGAUUUCCAUUGCCGUUGUGUCAGCUGGUGUGAGAUAUGAGACCUUUGUGAUAGGGUCGGAUGAAAACCUGCAGGUCUUGUUUCACUGCAGGCGUAGUUUUUUGAAAGUGAGGAUACCUAAGCUGAUUGCAAAGUUGGAAGAUGGUGUCGACAGCUCUGGGACAUCGGCACCGAAUCCUCAGUCGACAUCGGUCGGUGGUGCCUCGACAUCGAUGCCUGUGGUAGCAGAGGCAGUUGUGAUUCCUGAGCCCCAACGUGCCAGGGUUGUUCAUGCUAGUGUGCCUCUUGUUGUGCCUGAUUUUGAAUUUGACGCCGGACCGGAUCGAGUUGAGAAUACGAUGCGUGACGAUGAUUCGGAUGAGGAGUCGGUAGAUAUUGGUGGGGACAGUGAUGAUGAUAUUCCAAGUGGUCUACCUACAUCCCAUGGAGGUUUCGGUUCUGGAACACAAGAGUACCCUCCGCCCCUGUUGUCGUUGAACUUGGAAGCCAUCGGCCAAUACCAGAACAUAGAGGCAACCAUCGUGGGGCAGGGUAUGCAUGAUGCGAAUCCUUUGACGGAAUUCCAGAUUGGUCAAUCAUUCCAGAGUAAGCAGGAAGCUGUGCUGAGUGUAAAAGAUUAUAACAUUCGGCGUGGAGUUGAGUACAGAGUUAUGCAGUCAGAUAAUCUGAAAUACCAAGGGAUAUAUAAGGAGUUUGGUAACGGUUGGACGUUGUUGAUUCGUAUAGUCAUGCGAAAAAGGAAGUGCACAUGGGAAGUUAGGAGGUACAAUGGACCACACACGUGUAUGGCCACAUCGAUAUCGAGCGACCACAAACAGCUUGAUUAUCAUGUCAUAUGUGCGAGGAUCUUUCCAUUGGUUAGAGCUGAUGCGUCGGUGUCGAUUAAGGUGCUGCCUAGUUAUAGGAAGGUGUGGUUGGCGAAGCAGAAGGCAGUAGCACAGAUCUAUGGCGACUGGGAGGAGUCAUAUGGUGAUCUGCCCCGCUGGAUUCUUGGGGUCACAUCCACCAUGGACGGUUCCGUUGCUCUACUGAAGACCUCCCCGGUUAGAGUGGGUGAUCAGGUUGAUGAAGAUAGAGUCUACUUUCAUUGCAUGUUCUGGACAUUCCCUCCAUGUAUUGAGGCAUUCCGACACUAUAAGCCGCUUGUCAGUAUCGACGGAACACACAUGUAUGGCAAACACAACGGCAUUAAGGCUGCAUUGGAGGCACCAGAAAGUGGUUGGCGACCUCCCCAUGGUUAUCGGGCAUUCUGUAUUCGGUAUGUUGCUACAAAUUUUGCCCUUACUUUCAAGGGGCAGGCUGCAAGGAGGUGGCUGGUAAAUGCCAUUUAUGUGAAGACGGAAGCAGAAUUUGACUAUUAG